AAUUCUGCAAAUAGUUUUAAUUUACUAUCGCUGUUCUCUAGCUGGUCUAAAACCGUUUUUGACCUAAAGGGACGCUUUUUGGACGCCGUGGACGUUUCUCAGCUUCAAGGCAGAAAGAACAGUAAAAAUGCAGGCAGGGCACAGGACAAAGCACUAGGGACAAAAUGUAUGUGAAAUGGUUUGAUAAGUAAUGUUUCACUUUUUUGGCAUUUUAAAAUUUCCCGCCAGUUCCAACAUCGCAGGGGAACGGAACCCGGAAGAAAGAUGCCGGCAUCGGCCAGAGGAGAUGGCCGGGGAUGCAGCAGAGGGGACAU